CGAGUGCUUUCUAAAAGAAGGAAGCAAUUUACAUAGGAUCUAGGCGCAGAGAUCUCUGAGAAGGGCAUCGUCCCAGCGCAAGUCAAUCAGAUCAAAUUCCAUUUUAUUUAACUAACUCAUCUGGAUUGGUUGUAUAUCGAGUUGAAGAAAUUACCUUCUUGCACCGGAUCUGGACAAUGGAGACUGCGCCAGCAAAAACGCUACAAAAAAGGCAAGUUAUCUUUCUUGCUAUAUUGUUGUUUUUGUGGGAGACUGGCUCUGAAGAAAUUAGGUAUUCCAUGCCAGAAGAAACAGAAAGUGAGUCUCUUGUGGCCAACCUGGCAAAAGACCUGGGUCUCAGGGUGGGGGAACUAGCCAGGCGAGGCGCGCGAAUCCAUUACAAAGGAAACAAACAGCUCCUGCAGCUGGAUAUAACGACCGGGAAUUUGCUUCUAUAUGGAAAACUAGACCGGGAAGUGUUGUGCCGGGCAACUGAUCCCUGUAUACUGCAUUUCCAACUAUUACUGGAAAACCCGAUACAGAUUAUUCAAGCUGAUCUACAGCUCACAGAUAUAAAUGACCAUUCCCCAGAGUUCCUAGAGAGAGAAAUGCUCCUAAAAAUCCCCGAGAGCGUCCAGACAGGGACUGUGUUUCCUUUGAAAAUAGCUCAGGACUUUGACAUAGGUAGCAACACGGUUCAAAACUACACAAUCAGCCCCAACUCCCAUUUUCAUGUUGUCACUCAUCAUCGUGGAGAUGGCAGAAAAUACCCAGAGCUGGUGCUGGACAAAGCACUGGAUCGGGAGAAACAGCCUGAGCUCAGUUUAACCCUCACCGCGCUGGAUGGGGGGGCUCCGCCCAGGUCUGGGACCACUACAGUCCGCAUCGAAGUCGUGGACAUUAAUGACAAUGCCCCAGAAUUUUUACAGUCCGUCUAUGAGGUCCAGAUUCCAGAGAACAGCCCCCUAAACUCCUUAGUUGUCGCUGUCUCUGCCCGAGAUUUAGAUGCAGGAACAUAUGGGAAAGUAGCCUAUGCUCUAUUCCAAGGAGAUGAAGUUAUUCAACCAUUUGUAAUAGACGAAAUAACAGGAGAAAUUAGUCUGAAAAGGGCAUUGGAUUUCGAGGCAACUCGAUUUUAUAACGUGGAGAUUGCAGCCACAGACGGCGGGGGCCUUUCAGGAAAAUGCACUGUAGCUAUAGAGGUGGUGGAUGUGAACGACAACGCCCCCGAACUAACCAUGUCGAGACUCAUCAGCUCUGUCCCAGAAAACUCCCCAGAGACUGUGGUAGCUGUUUUCAGUGUUUCUGAUCCAGAUUCCGGGGAAAACGGUAAGAUGGUUUCCUCCAUUCAGAAUGAUCUCCCCUUUCUCUUGAAACCUACGUUCAAAACCUUUUACAGUCUGGUGACAGAGAGACCGCUAGACAGAGAGGAAAGAGCCGGGUACAACAUCACAAUCACGGUCACUGACAUGGGAACCCCCAGACUGAAAACCGAGCACAACAUAACCGUGCUGGUGUCGGACGUCAACGACAACGCCCCCGCCUUCACCCAGACCUCCUACACCCUGUGGGUACGCGAGAACAACAGCCCCGCCCUGCACAUCGGCAGCGUCAGCGCCACAGACACAGACGCGGGCGCCAAUGCCCAGGUCACCUACUCGCUGCUACCGCCCCCCGACCCGCUCGUGCCCCUCGCCUCCCUCGUGUCCAUCAACCCCGACAAUGGCAACCUCUUCGCCCUCACGUCCCUGGACUACGAGGCCCUGCGGGCCUUCGAGUUCCGCGUGGGCGCCACCGACCACGGCUCGCCCGCGCUCAGCAGCCAGGCGCUGGUGCGCGUGCUCGUGGCGGACGCCAACGACAACGCGCCCUUCGUGCUCUACCCACUGCAGAACGCCUCGGCGCCCUGCACCGAGCUGGUGCCCAGGGCGGCCGAGCCGGGCUACCUGGUGACCAAGGUGGUGGCGGUGGACGGCGACGCGGGCCAGAACGCCUGGCUGUCGUACCAGCUGCUCAAGGCCACGGAGCCCGGGCUGUUCGGCGUGUGGGCGCACAACGGCGAGGUGCGCACGGCGCGGCUGCUGAGCGAGCGCGACGCGCCCAAGCAGCGGCUGGUGGUGCUGGUCAAGGACAACGGCGAGCCGCCGCUGUCGGCCAGCGUCACGCUGCACGUGCUGCUGGUGGACGGCUUCUCGCAGCCCUACCUGCCGGCCCCGGAAGCGGAAGCGGCGGCCGCGGCGCCGGCCGACCCGCUCACCGUCUACCUGGUGGUGGCCUUGGCGUCGGUGUCGUCGCUCUUCCUCUUCUCGGUGCUGGUGUUCGUGGCGGUGCGGCUGUGCAGGAGGGGCGGGGUGGCCUCGGCGGGUCGCUGCCCGGUGGCCGAGGGCCACUUCCCGGGCCAUCUGGUGGACGUCAGCGGCACGGGGACCCUGUCCCAGAGCUACCAGUACGAGGUGGGUCUGACGAGAAGUACUGGGACCGGGGAAUUCAAGUGUCUGAAGCCAAUUCUCCCCACCUUCCCUCUCCAGGGCACUGUGAGGGAAAUCAAGGAAAACCCCACAGUUCGGAGUAGUUCCCUAUUCAAUUAAGUAUUGGAUUAUUCUGUCAUUAAGCCCUACUUAAUAAGUUUGGUAAUCUAUUUUAACUUAAAGAUACAUGUUAUCGAUGCAUAUUAUUGAUGGUCCGUUUCACGAUUGUUUUACUACUGCUCCUCAUUGUGAAAUUUUAAAGAGUCAGACAGUGGGUAUUCACUGUAUUUUUCAUGCGUUAACUUUAUGGUUUUUUAAAUAUUCAGUUCAGUUCAGUUCAGUCGAUUAGUCGUGUCCGACUCUUUGCGACCCCAUGAAUCGCAGCACGCCAGGCCUCCCUGUCCAUCACCAACUCCUGGAG